AUGUCAGAAUUGUUCGCCGCAAGCGGAUACGAUCCGAAAUUUCUGAUGUCGAUUGUCAGCUCGAUGCAGAAUGCGCAGAAGCAGCACACCGACGACGACGACGAUGAUGCGCUGUUCAAUUCGGCGGCCAGCUCGAACACCGAUGAUUCGGAUUCGCUGGAUGAUGGCGCGUCGAAUUGUUCCGAUAGUGGUCCGCCGGCGAAGCGACGCCGAAAACCCGAAGCCAAAGAUAUUGUUCGUGCCGACGCCGAGAAGAUGACGUGCGAUUCGCCGACGACGUCGACGACGACGUCGGCUCUCAGCGCUCCUCAGAAGCCGUUGGAUAUGAGCCAGUUUAUGUGCGCCCAAUUUCCGGGAUCGAUUCAGGAGCAGUUGCGGAUUCUGACGGCCGCCACCACCAACACCAACACCAACACCAACACCAACACCAUCGAAGCGUCGCCGACGGAGACCGAUGGAUCCGUCGAGGCGAGAAACAGCACCAAGAGUCCGCCGCCGCCGUCGUCGCCGUCGUCGUCGCCGCCGCACACGCCCGCCGCACAAACCAAUGUCAGCGAGGAGCUGUCGAUCUCGACGACGCCGACCAUCUCGUUCACGCCGAACGGCAGCAUUCCGUCGCCGGGCACCGGCUACUCGUGGAGUAUUCGACGCGAGGGCAAAUUGGCGUGUCCGACGCCGGGCUGCGACGGCUCCGGCCAUCAGACGGGCCUCUACACACACCAUCGAAGUUUGUCGGGAUGUCCGCGACGGCCCGAGAAGAGCGUCAUUCAGAUGUUGGCGCUUCGACAGGACACCGUGCUCAGGUGCACGACGCCCGGCUGCUCCGGCAAAGGCCACGUCAACGGCAAUCGCACGUCGCAUCGCAGUCUGUCGGGUUGCCCGAUUGCGCAUCAGGAGAAGCUCGCCAAAAAGGGAAUCAAGAUGAACCCGCAACGCAUUCGAACACCGCCGAAGGUCGUCGACGAGACGCCAUUGGAUCUCACGCUCGCCAACGGCCUCAACGCGCAGCAUCUGAUGGCGGCCGCAAGUGCCGGCCUCAUUCCGACAAGCGCUCUCAUGGACGCGUUGAUGAAGUUCGCCGUUCCGCCAACAGCACCACCACCACCACCACCACCAGCUCUCGACGAUGAGCAUCACAAAAAGGAGAAGGAGAACGAUGGGGACGAAGCGGCGGCGGCGGCGUCGUCGUCGUCGUCGCCUCCACCGACGCUCUCGAAAGAGGACGGCGACGAGAAGCCGAAACCGCAACAUCACCAACAAGCCGGCGGCUCGUUGUUCGCCGGCGAGACGCUUCUCAAAUUGCCGCAGUUCGCCUAUCCGCCGCCGCCGCCGGCGGCCGCCUUCUUCAAUCCGCAAAAUCAGCUGCUCGCGCAGCUCAUGCUCGCCCAAUUCCAGCAAGGCUUCUAA